CAUAAUCUUGAGCUCCCAGUUGCAGAACACAACUAGAUACUUUCAAAUGCAGGUGUCAGAGUCUCAACAUGUAAGGAAGGAGAGGCUUCUUUACCAGCCAUUGAAGUUCUACAGCAUCUUGACUGCAUAGAAAUGCCUGGAGCUGAACUCCCUGAGGAUGAGCCCCUGCCUAUGGACCCUGCAAACUGGCCUUCAGAUAUCACUGACAGCAUUCGAAUACAGCUGGUUUGCAAAGGAUCAAGUAAGGUAGCACCUGACUUUGUUUUCCCUAGAAAUGAAGGUGAUGGAAGAAGUUGCCACCACCAGUAUUUUAAGAAAACACUAGUUGGCGGUGAAAAGAUGCCUAGAGGCUGGAUAGUAUAUUCUGAGAAAAACAACAGCCUUUUUUUGCUACUGCUGCAAGCUGUUUUCUAAAAGACACAUCAAUUUAACAAGUUCUGAACUGACAGAUUGGAAGCAUGCCAGUUCUCUUCUCACCUCACAUGACAAUAGUCCUGAACACCAUAACUCCAUGAAAGCAUGGAAAGAACUGGUAGUGAGGAUUAAAAAAGGUGAAACAAUUGACAAACAAGAGGUGGCACUUCUGCAGGCUGAGAAAAUAAGAUGGAGAGCGGUGCAAACUCGUCUUACUGCUAUCAUUCAGUCUCUCGCAAUCAGAAAUUUAGCACUAAGGGGACACACAGAAACAUUGUUUUCUCCAUCAAAUGGCAGUUUUCUAAAAGAAGUUGAACUCAUGGCAAGGUUUGAUCCCAUAAUGCAAGAGCACAUUAAACGUGUCCAGAAAGGCACUUGCAGUCACACCAGUUAUCUCUGUCACCAUGUACAAAACAAACUCAUUGAUUUGUUGAGUAGCAAGAUCACUUCAACAAUGGUUGAUGAUAUCAAGCUGGCAAAUUUUUUCUCCAUAAUUCUAGAUUGCACUCCAGACGUUAGUCACACUAAACAGCUGUCAGUUGUGAUUCGGAUUGUGUAUUAAAGAGUGUUUUAUGGGUUUUUUGGAAGCUGACGAAUCCACAGGGAAACAUCCAUGAUUUUAAACAGGCUGGAAGAGCUGAAAAUUCCCUUUGAGGACUGCAGAGGUCAGUCAUAUGACAACGGGGCCAACAUGAGUAGAAAAAACAAGGGUGUUCAAGCCAGACUCCUGGAACCUAAUCCUAGAGGUCUCUUUGUUUCCUGUGUAGGUCAUGCACUGAAUUUGGUUGUGGCUGAUGCUGCAAAGGGAUCUGUUGAUGCCACAAGUUACUUUGGGAUUCUGCAAAAACUUUACAAUUUGUUUUCAGUCUCCACUCAGAGAUGGGCCAGCCUGAAAAAACAUGCUAACAUUACACUGAAGAUGUGGUCUGAAACAAGGUGGGAAAGUAAGAGCAACAGCGUUGAGCCCCUGAGGUACCAAGCAUCUGCAGUGAGAGAGGCUUUGAUUGAGGUGAGACACCACACCAAAGACUCAGUCAUAAAGAUUGAGGCCCAGUCUAUGUCUGAGGAGGUGAGAUCAUACAGAUUCAGCAUUUGUACAGUGGUGUGGUAUGACAUCCUGAACCAAACCCACCAUGUGAGCAAGCUCAUGCAGUCUCCCAACAUGCAUGUGGAUGUAGAAGUCAAUCUCCUCAAAAAGACAGAGAGAGGUCUCCUCAACUACAGGGCAACAGGCUUUGCAUCUGCACAAAUGUCAGCCAAGGAUAUGUGUGAGGACAUGAACGUAGAGGCUGUUCUGCAGCAAAAAAGACUGAGAUCUACAAAGCGGCACUUCUCUUACGAAUUAUUUGAUGAGCCAUUGAGUGAUGCCCUAAAGAAGCUGGAGGUGACUUUUUUAAUGUUGUUGUUGAUGCUGCAGUGUCUUCCAUCCAAGAGAGAUUCACCACAUUGGAAAAUGUGGGAAAGAAAUUUGAAGUACUGACACAUUUUCCAAAUCUCUCAAAUGAUGACCUCACUGAACAGGGUAAGGCCCUCAGUGCUACUUUGCUUUUUCAGGAUCAAUCAGACUUGGGUGCCAGAGAGCUUGCAUAGGAGAUUAAGAAUUUGCCUGACUUACCAUCAAAAUCUAUGACCUCUCUUGAGCUGCUGAACAUUGUGCAUGACAGUGAACUUUCAGAAAUAUACCCAAAAUACUGUGGCCUCAGCAGAGAGGAGCUUUUCAAACCUGAAACUUGUGAAAACAUAUCUGAGGUCCACUAUGUCUCAGGAAUGCCUCACUGGCCUUGCCAUCAUCAGCAUCAAUCAUGCAAUUACUGACCAGAUUUUAUAUGAUGACAUUAUUGAUGACUUUGCAUCAAGGAAGGCAAGAAAGGUCCUGAUUUAGAUGACAAUUA